AGAAAUGUGACUACUUGCAGGAAAUCAGGAAUUAGGGAGGGGUAAGGAAGAGGAGUUGGUCAACAGGAAUCAGGUGGUCGUUUAGGGAAUCAUGGUGGGUGAGGGAUCUGGUGUCUCAUUGUCCAGAUGUGAUGAUCUGAUUUUGAAUAUUUGAGCUUUUCUUCACAAUAAUGUCAAAAGACAUAAAAUCAGUAGAACAUUCACCUAAAAUUCAUCAGAGAAAUGACCCACAGCACGUCAAUGACAGAACAUUUUUCAUUGAUGCCUCUAAUCAGAGCUUGACUGCCAUUCCUUUGGAGAUCUUCACAUUCACAGAAUUAGAAGAAGUGCAUUUGGAGAAUAACCAGAUUGAAGAAAUUCCCCAGGAGAUUCAGCGUUUAAAGAACAUCAGGGUCCUCUACCUGGAUAAGAACAACCUGAGGAGCCUGUGCCCGGCGCUGGGGCUGCUGAGCAGCCUGGAGAGCCUGGACCUGAGCUACAACCCCAUCUUCUCCUCCUCCCUUGUCGUUGUCAGCUUCCUCCACGCCCUGCGCGAGCUCCGGCUCUACCAGACCGACCUGAAGGAAAUUCCCGUCGUCAUCUGUAAAAACCUCCACCAUCUCGAGCUGCUCGGACUGACCGGAAACCACCUGAAAUGUCUGCCCAAGGAAAUAGUGAACCAGACCAAGCUGAGGGAGAUCUACCUGAAGCGAAACCAAUUUGAAGUUUUCCCCCAGGAGCUCUGUGUUCUCUACACCCUGGAGAUCAUUGACCUGGACGAGAACAAAAUCGGUGCCAUCCCAGAAGAGAUCGGACACCUGACGGGGCUGCAGAAGUUCCAUAUGGCUUCUAACAACCUUCCCGUUCUGCCCGCGUCCCUGUGCCAGUGUAGCCAACUGUCGGUGCUCGAUUUAUCCCACAACCUCCUCCACUCCAUCCCGAAGAGCCUCGCCGAGCUCAGGAAGAUGACGGAAAUCGGGCUGAGCGGGAACCGCCUGGAGAAGGUGCCACGCCUCAUUUGCAGGUGGACCUCGCUGCACCUGCUCUACCUGGGAAACACCGGCCUGCACAGGCUGCCGGGCUCCUUCAGGUGCCUGAUCAACUUGCGCUUCCUGGACCUAAGCCAGAACCAUCUGGACCACUGCCCGCUGCAGAUCUGUGCACUGAAGAACCUUGAAGUCUUGGGACUGGAUGACAAUAAAAUAGGACAGUUACCUUCAGAAUUGGGCUCACUUUCAAAACUGAAGAUACUUGGACUAACAGGAAAUGAGUUCCUUUCCUUUCCGGAGGAAGUCCUUUCUUUAGCAUCUUUAGAGAAAUUAUACAUUGGGCAAGACCAGGGAUUCAAACUUACCUAUGUGCCAGAACACAUUAGGAAACUGCAGAGUCUCAAAGAGCUAUAUAUAGAGAACAAUCAUCUGGAGUACCUGCCCGUAUCCUUGGGGUCAAUGCCUAACCUAGAAGUUCUUGAUUGCCGGCACAAUUUGCUUAAGCAACUUCCAGAUGCCAUUUGCCAAGCACAAGCUUUGAAAGAAUUACGGCUGGAGGACAACUUGCUCACCCAUCUUCCGGAGAAUUUGGAUUCCCUAGUGAAUCUUAAGGUUCUGACACUGAUGGACAAUCCCAUGGAAGAACCCCCAAAAGAAGUGUGUGCUGAAGGCAAUGAGGCCAUAUGGAAAUACCUCAAGGAAAACAGAAACAGGAAUAUAAUGGCAACAAAGAUUCAGGCAUGGUGGCGUGGAACAAUGGUACAGAGAGGAUUUGGGAAAUUCGGUGAACUACUAAAACCACAAAAGAAAGGAAAGACCUCUCCAAAAGAUAAGAAAGGAAAGAAGGGUGUAAAAGGAAAACCAGGAAAGGGAAAAAAGAAAUAAUCCUGUAAAUUGAUAAAUUGGGGUAAUGGACCUUGAUAGAUUAAGAAGACAAAAUAUCUAGGAAUUAGAUGCCUACUACAUUAAAAUUAUUCAUAAAAUUAUA